AUGUCGACUCUGCUUCACGCCUUACUCAUUUCUGCACUCGCAUCGCUCGUCGGCAUAGCCGGCCUCGGCUAUCGGCGAUUCAUCCUCAUGCGAAAUGCAGCCAUUCACGUUCUGGCAUUUCUAGUCUGUGCCUAUGUCUAUAUUCGAUGGGUGGUGUCCAGAUUAGUGCCGCGAAUUCGCGGACUCAAUCUCAAGUUUCUGGAUCUGAACCAUCACCUCAGGUUCGAGCCUCCUGAGUUCAUCGACCGAGGCUUCUCCGACUUGACUAAAUACGGUAAACCUCUUUUGCUUUGA